AUGACAGAUCCAAAACGAGUCACAGUAUUGAAGGGUGAUAUCACAAAGUCCGACUUCGGGCUUUCUUUAUGCCAUCUGAAUACUUUAAGAAAUGAAGUCCAUAUAAUAGUACAUAGCGCUUCUUCUAUAAGCCUGGUGCAUUCAUUGGAAAGAAUUACUCAAGAUAUCAUAAGUCCUACCGAAGGGUUGGCUAAUCUUGCACUGCAAUUAGCAAACUUGGAGCGUUUUGUUUAUGUUUCAACAGCAUACACCAACACCCACCUGUACCAUGAAACACCAACAGAUGUUAGGGUGGAUGAGAAAAUAUACCAGCUUUCCACCACUCCAGAUGUACAUCUAGAAUGGAGGAAAGUGCAGGAGACCGGAUCAAGUUUUGAGUAUCUAUCAAACAAUUUUUCAUGGGCAUAUGCAUACGCAAAAAACCUGAGUGAGCGGCUUCUCUGUGACAUCUUUUCUCGCAACAAGAUAUUCAACAAGCUCCUUAUUUUGCGGCCACCAAUCAUCGGCUCGGCACAAAAGUUCCCGUACACAGGCUUCAGCUUUCCGCUUUCCAGUCCUAUGACGAUAUUUACCGCAGUGACUGCAUUAUCGCCGUCUUUUACAGCUCGGGUUUCCACUCAUUUCAAAAAACCCGAAACAGAGGCGACGAAUGAUGAAGUACCAGUAGAUGUGGUUGUUGACCGCCUCCUAGCCCACUUAGCUUUUGGAACAUCAGGCCCCGUCCAUGCUGUCAGCGGAAGCCUUGCUCGCCGUGACCUUCAAGCUGUAUGGAGCGAUACAUGUCAAUUUCGGCGAUGGCCAUGGGUUCCACGCCUCGCAUGGUUGGCAGAUAAUUGGCAUUCAGAGAGACAGCAUUUUAUUGCUCGCCAAUAUGUGAUUUUAGGAACCUCAUUCUUGUUCUGUGACAGAAAAACCAUUGCCUUAAGGGACAGCUCGAGCGAUGAUGACUUGCAUGAGCUCGAAUUAUUCACGCUUCCCAAUCCUUCACCUGCCGACCGCUCCUUAAAGCAGCACCAGAUAUGGUACUGUAUGGAUCGCUUUGGAAGAAGAAGUCUCCUGGCUCGGAUUGUGACAAGAAUUUUGUAUCAGUCAUACAAGCUCAAGGAUUUCAAGGAGAUCUUGGAGGAAAAUUCAUUUGAUAAAAAUGAAGAAAAAUCUUGA